CGGUGCUUGUCGAGGCAGUGUGUCUUGCACGUUCUUGUCUAAAGUUUUCUUCUUCUCUGCAUAUGACAUCACUUUACUUGAGGAUUCAACCUUUUCCAAUUCAAAUUUUUGUCUAUUUAAGGCCUCUCAAUCUAAUGUUAAAGGAGCAAACUUCACAUCCUCAAAAUCCUGAGAAAACCCGACGCUCUCUAGAAUCUAGAUUGACCCCAUAGGACCCUCUUUUCUUGAUCGACCACUCUUCAUUGGAGAAGACGAGAAGGGACAGUAGCUCAAAUCUCAAACUUCAGAAAGUUCAUUGAGAGAUCCAAUCCACCACGCCAGAAGGAAGACAUGGCAAAGCAACAAAAAGCUGAGGAAGGGGAGGAAUUGCACUAUGCGGAGAAGGAGAUAGGGAUGAAGACAGAGGAAAUAACAAAAGAUGGAGAGAAGGUUUUGAACGAGGAGAAGAAAGAAUGUCAUGGUGAAAUAGGCGACAAACUUGAGGAGGAUGAAGAGAACAAGAAAGAAGAGAAAAGCAAGGAAAUAGUUGACGGACAAGAGAAGGGAAAGGAAGAGAAAGAGGAAAGGAAGAAGAAGAAGAAGAAGAAGAAACCCAAAACUGCUCAGGAGGAAGAGGAGAUGUACAAGGACAUUGGCAUGUUGAAGCAAAAGCUUGAGAAGAUCAAUUACAAAAUCGAAGCUCUUCUGGAGAAGAAAGCAUUUAUCUCCCGGAAACUAAAGGAGGCGGAGGCUAAGAACGGCGAGACUUCCGAGAAGCCCGGCCCUAAAGAAGUUGCUGCAGCUGAUGGAGCAUAGUGCCUCCCUGGUAGAUGUUCCCCACAUAAGCUUCUGUCGACCAUGUUUGGUCAUGUACUCAUAGUCAUAGUGCAGUGUGUUCAUGUUUCUUCUCUUUGAUGCCAGCCAUUUUGCCUUAUCAAUCUUGUGAAUAACUUCAGGACAAGGGUUCAUGCAUGAUGUACUACUUCGUUAUACGUAUUACAUUGAGGUCACUUUUGUA